CGAAAUGGCGAUGUUUCGAAACACUGGCGUUUUAUUUUGAAAGUGUAACCGGACGUUGCAUAUUUAUUGUUGAUAACUUUACCGGAAAUUGCAUACUUCAUAUCUCCGUUUGGGUUCAGAUUUUAUGUAAUGUUGGUGAUUUAAGAACUGAAUAUAUUUCUGUGUUUCUCUACGUUAAAUAAGAGAAGACAAAACAUCUCCAACAGGAGUAGAGGUGUUUUUGUUUUUACCUUGUGUACACUUACUCAAGUAGCCUAGUGUACUUAGUGUGCAGCAGGCUACAUUUACAGUGAGGAAUCAAUACAACACACCCCUGUGUUACACGUGAAAGGAAAACUUUCAGCAAAGUAGGUGUAGAAAAAAAUUCCGCCCACAUCUGACUCACUUGAGACAAACCAGGAAACAGAUUGUUUUUUUUCCUCUCUAAAGUGACACACAGACUAAGAGAAGAGAUGAUCAGAUUCACCUUCAGACCAAAUUAACAACUUCUUCUGAGUGAGUUCAGCUACAGGAGAGAAAAGAGGAAAACUACAACACUGCUGCUUCAACCUGCAGACGCUCCACACACUGAAGCUUCAUCAGAUACAAAAUGGCUUUCAGAUUAGAGGACGAACUCUGUUGUCCGGUCUGUCAGGACGUCUUCAGAGAUCCCGUUCUUUUGUCAUGUAGCCACAGCUUCUGUAAAAACUGUCUGAGUAGCUGGUGGAGACAGAAACAAGCACGUGAGUGUCCAGUUUGUAAGAGAAUAUCUUCAAGGAAUAAACCACAUUGUAACCGGGUGUUGAAGAACCUGUGUGAGGCCUUCUUGUUGGAGAGAGAUCAGAGAGCUUCAGAGGCUCUCUGCAGUCUGCACUCUGAGAAACUCAAACUCUUCUGUCUGGACCAUCAGCAGCCAGUGUGUCUCAUCUGCAGAGAUUCAGAAAAGCACAGCAACCACAGAUUCAGACCCAUCGAUGAAGCUGCACGACAACACAAGAAGGAACUUCAGGAAACUCUGGAGCCCUUAAAGGAGAAGUUAAAGGUUUGUGAACAAGUUAAAGUGAAGUUUGACCAAACAGCAGAACACAUUAAGGUCCAGGCCCGACACACAGAGAGGCAGAUUAAGGAGCAGUUUAAGAAGCUUCACCAGUUUCUAUAUGAGGAAGAGGAGGCCAGGAUGGCUGCACUGAGGGAGGAAGAGGAGCAGAAGAGUCAGAUGAUGAAGGAGAAGAUGGAGGCUCUGAGCAGAGAGAUAGCAGCUCUUUCAGACACAGUCAGAGCCACAGAGGAGGAGCUGAGAGCUGAAGACGUCUCAUUCCUGCUCAACUACAAAGCUGCAGUGGAAAGAGUCCAGCAGCGCCCCCUGCUGGAUGAGGGACAGCUGCUCUCUGGAGCUCUGAUAGACCAGGCCAAACACCUGGGCAACCUGACCUUCAACAUCUGGAACAAGAUGAAGGACAUGGUCUCCUACACUCCUGUGAUUCUGGAUCCAAACACUGCAAAUCCAAGACUCCUUCUGUCUGAAGAUCUGACCAGCGUGAGGGGAGGAGAGAGACAGCAGCUUCCCGACAAUCCAGAGAGGUUUGAUAAAUACUGGUCUGUUCUGGGCUCUGAGGGCUUCAACUCAGGGACUCACAGCUGGGAUGUCGAGGUUGGAGACAGUGUAGUCUGGUCACUGGGUGUGUUAGCAGAGUCUGUCCAGAGGACGGGACUCAUACAUUUUGGAUUAUGGGGAAUGUGGUUCCAUGAAAGUAAAUACUCAGCAUGGUCAUUACCAGAUCCACCCACUGUUCUCAAAGUGCAGAAGAAGCCCCAGAGGAUCAGAGUGAAUCUGGACUGGAACAGUGGAGAGCUGUCGUUCUCUGAUCCUGAUACUAACACACACAUACACACCUUCACGCACACUUUCACUGAGAGGCUGUUUCCAUUUAUUUUCACUGGGGAUGAACUAAAAAUAUCACCUCUGAAGAUGUGUGUGACAGUGGAACAGAACAGGUGGGGAUAAAUAAGAUGAUUAUAUUCAUGAAGCGCUCUUUCCUAUUGUGUGUGUAUUGCGAAGAGGAUAAGAGACAUGCCUUUGGUGUGAGAGACCCGGGUUCGUAUCAACUGUGAGACACCAAUGUGUCCCUGAGCAAGACACUUAACCCUUAGUUGCUCCAGAGGUGUGCAACCCUGUGACAUAGCAAUUGUAUGUCGCUUUGGAUAAAAGUAUCAGCUAAAUGAAUAAAUGUAAAUGGAGCCAUGAAGACCAGCAACCACUUUGUGGAAGCUGAUAAGCAUCUAAAUAAAGAAACAAGAAUCAUUGUAUCCAUAACUCCAUAUUUGAGCAGCAAUCAUUAUUCAGAUCUAACAACCUUUAUUUUUAUCCAGAUUAUAAAGUUACCAAACAUUAACAUCCAUGUUGUUAUGAAAUGAUUACAAUUUUUUUUACUAUAUACAUAUACACACUGACUGGCCACUUUAUUAGGUACACCUUGCUAGUCUUGGGUUGGACCCCUUUUUCCUUCAGAACUGCCUUACUUCUUCGUGGCAUACUUUCAACAAGGUGUUGGAAACAUUCCUCAGAGACUUUGGUCCAAUAUUGACAUGAUAGCAUCACACAAUUGCUGCAGAUUUGUCAGCUGCACAUCCAUGAUGCGAAUCUCCCGUUCCACCACAUCCUAAAGGCGCUCUAUUGGAUUGAGAUCUGGUGCCUGUGGAGGCCAGUGGAUAACAGUGAACUCAUUGUCAUGUUAAAGAAACCAGUUUGAAAUGAUUUGAGCUUUGUGACAUGGUGCAUUAUCCUGCUGGAAUUUGCCAUCAGAAGAUGGCACACUGUGGUCAUAAAGGUUGGACAUGGUCAGCAACAACACUCAGGUAGGCUGUUGUGUUUAAACAAUGCUCAGUUGGUACUAAGGGGCCCAAAGUUUGCAAAAAGAUUUAUCCUGCACACCGUUACACCACCACCACCAGCCUGAAACGUUGAUACAAGGCAGGAUGGAUCCAUGCUUUCAUGUUGUUAAUGCCAAAUUCUGACCCCAUCUGAAUGUCGCAGCUGAAAUCAAGACUCUUCAUACCAGACAAAGUUUUUCCAAUCUUCUGUUGUCCAGAUUUUGUGAGCCUGUGUGAAUUGUAGCCUCAGUUUCCUGUUCUCAGCUGACAGGAGUGGCACCCGGUGUGGUCUUCUGCCGCUGUGG